AUGUUUGGUCAUCGAGAAGAAUGCAUGAGAAUGCAUAAGCUCCGGAAAGUGAUUUUGAUCGAUGAGGAAGUCUGGACGACGCGUUGCUCGAGAGAAACUCACUCCUCCUCCGAGGCCGAUUCUGAUGAUGAUUCACAGGAGGAGGAUGAUGCCCUAGAUGGCCUUACCAAUAUAGACCUCCUCCGCAUCAAGAAGGAGCACGUAGAACCAACUCUUUACUUUGACCCUGACUCUGAUAAUGACGAUAGCCAACAACCGUCACUCAGGGACUGCCAGUCUGACGACGAACCCUGGAUCGAAUACCUUGACGAACCAGCAGCCACUGAACCCCCAGUAACAUCAUCCUCUCGCCACGACAGCUUCUCUACAGAUGAACGCCGUGGUCGAGACGUGUCAAUCAACGGAGAACCUGGCCGUUCAUACUCCGAGUCUCUCCCUCCCCCCCCUAACCUAUCUCGCGAUGUGACAACACGUCGUUCUGCCCCACCGCACACAUCUUCUCCAGUAGAGGACGACAAGCCCACUCGCACUACCCAGUCAGACCAUGUCAACCCAUCCGAUGUUAACACGUCUGACAAAAAGGAAGAGAAAGGGAAAGGGAAGGCGAAAGCUACGCCCCCUGCCCUAUCCCACUCACCUGUCCCAUCUCAUACCAGAACGGCUUCCGUCUUGCUGCCAAUACCGGAUGAUCCUAUCUCGUCGACGCCACUACCAAAUCCUGUAAAUAGACAAUCCCCGACCAAACUCUCUAUUAAAGAAUGGAAAGCACAGCGUCCAGACACUGGUACCAACAAACCCAAACUCCCCCCCUUCACACGCUUUACGCAACCCCCGGCUAAACCCCAUACCCAACCACAAACUGCUAGUACUUCUAUCACUAAAUCCAACCGACUUGAGCCUCCCACCCAGGUUAGCGGAGAUCCUCAGCCUACCACUGACCAGAUGAACACUGGCGCUCAAACUACCACCAGUACAACAGGAAGCACCACCUCCCACGACCCAUGGUCUGUCCUUCCUGAAGACUCCCAACCUGACCACCUGCCAAUGCCAGUGACCCGAGGAUCGGUUAUGCCAAAUGCGGCCUUCCCUUCGCCCUGGAAUCCAGCUGCUACCCAUCCUCCCAGCCUCGGCAACUUAAGUAACCCAGCCUCUAACACCACCCGCCACCAAACAAAUCUCACCCCCCAACCAGCCCUCCCCCCUUCUAACAACUCUAUGACUGCCUACCGCUACUCCAUCCUUGACACGGAGCACCGAGUGGAAGGAAACGAACAAGUGCGCCUACUCAGAUGUGUUGAAGACGAACCAGAGAUUGAGGAAGAGUGGGCGGUUAUGGCUGCAGCGUCACCUUCUGCACUAGUCUACAGAUUUGGACAUAUGGGGUCACAAUCGCCCGACGUAAUCGCUAGUCAAAUUUCUGACCACCUCCAACACCUAACUGGGUCGCGUCCCGCCAACAUAGCUGUGCCCCCACCCUCUAAACAUAGGGAUGUUUAUUUAGUAUCGGGCCUCCCUCAGGACCAAAUCAACCGCUUAGCUCGCCGCCCCGUCGGUGUUCAUGGUGGCACUUCCUUUGUCUUGAUACCCUGGAAUUAUAUGCCAGGUACCUACCUCUUCUCACUCCGCAUAUGGACCCUCGCGAAUACUCCUGAGAAUGCUCAACGUGUGGGGCAAAUUGUCGCGAGGAAAUUAGGUACCAACCCCCUCAUCCAGUCAAUCAUAUCGGGGUCUGACACCAGAGGACUCUCGGCCGUUGACUUCCUCCAACACAACAUCCACGUAAUGACCAUAACCAUCCCAGAUGGUCACACUAUAUGGAACAUCCACCUUACGACCAACAUUACCGACAUUGUCGAACAUAACUUCCUCCUUCAGGAAACUAGAAACAGAGACAGAUUAUACCUCAUCAACGGUAACGGGGUCAAGGCCUCGAUCUUCUCACCGUGCCCGUGGUGCUCCUCUAUAGAUCACCCAGCCGAGGCCUGCCCCACAGCUCUCCAUCCGAAUUGGCUUGGACCUUCACCCACCAACUCCUCACAUGCUCCUGUGUACAACAACGAUACAUACAAUCGCAAUCGCCAAUCACAGAGUAGUGACGACUCUAACUGGUCUCGACUGAAUGAAUACAACUGGAACCCAGCCGCGACAAAUGGUAACCGUGGCAGACCCUUCAAUCGACGAGGCCGAGGCCGUGGAGGUGGAAGAGGCUAUGAUUCCCGACGAGGCUAUGCCCGCAAAGAUAACUACUAA